AUGCAUGCUGCCAUCUUGUCGGCUGCGGCGCUCUUGGUCGUCGCAGUUGGCGCCUUUGACACGCAGCUUACGCCGCCGCUGCUUCCGCUGCAGGAAAAUGCCAACACGACUGAGCUCUUUCCCAUGGCUGACUGCCACGGCCUGAAGCUGGAGGAGGCCACCAUUGAUCAGAUGCAAGAGGCCAUGGCGAAUACCAACCUGACGUCGUUGAAGCUGGUGGGAUGCUACCUGACCAGGAUAAUCCAGACUCAAGACUACAUCAACUCUGUGAUGCAAAUCAACCCCGACGUCUUCGCCAUUGCUGCCCAGCGCGACGAGGAGCGCCAGAGCGGCAAGCCCUGCGGUCCGCUGCACGGCAUCCCCUUUACCGUCAAGGACAACAUUGCCACCAAGGACAACAUGGAGACGACGGCCGGAAGCCUGGCUCUUCUCGGCAGCAUCGUGCCCCGCGACGCGCACGUCGUGGCCAAGCUCCGCGAGGCCGGCGCCGUGCUCCUCGGCAAGGCCACGCUCAGCGAGUGGGCCGACAUGCGCAGCAGCAACUACUCCGAGGGCUUUUCCGGACGCGCCGGGCAGUGCCGCAGCUCGUACAACCUCACUGUGAACCCCGGCGGCAGCAGCUCCGGCAGCGCUGUCGGCGUCGCCGCCAACGUUGCCGCCUUUUCGCUCGGCACCGAGACUGACGGCAGCGUCAUCAACCCUGCCUCGCGCAAUGCCCUUGUCGGAUUCAAGCCCACCGUCGGCCGCACGUCGCGCGCCGGCGUCAUCCCCGAGACGGAGCACCAGGACUCGGUGGGCACCUUUGGCCGCACCGUGCGCGACGCCGUCUACGCCUUUGACGCCAUCCACGGGCCGGACCCGCGUGACAACUACACGCUCGCCGACGGCAUCAAGAAGGCGCCCGAAAAGGGCUACGCAUCGCUGCUCGCCAACAAGUCGGCGCUCAAGUGCGCGCGCUUUGGCCUGCCCUGGAUGAGCUACUGGCGCUUCGCCGACGACGAGCAGCUGGCGGCGCUCACGCAGCUGCUGGACAUGAUGCGCGACGCGGGCGCCACCAUUAUCAACGGCACCGAAAUCACCGACCACGAGACCAUUGUCAGCCCCGACGGCUGGGACUGGGACUGGGGCAACACGGCGCGCGGCCGCGCCAACGAGUCGGAGCUGACGUACGUCAAGGUCGACUUUUACAACAACAUGAAUGCCUACCUCGACGAGCUCACCAACACAAACAUGCGCACCGUCGACGACAUUAUCCAGUACAACUUUGACAAUGACGGCGCCGAGGGCGGCCGUCCCUGGCCCCUCGGCCACCCGGCCUGGUACUCUGGCCAGGACGUCUUCCUCGCCUCGCAGGAAACCCGGGGCGUCCAGGACGAGACGUACUUUCAGGCGCUCGCGUACUGCCAGUCGACGGCGCGCAGGGGCAUCGACGACGCGCUCCGCCACAACGGCACCCGCCUCAACGGCCUGCUGGUGCCCCCCGGCGUUGGGCAGAGCUACCAGCAGGCCGCGCAGGCCGGCUACCCGGCCGUGACGAUUCCGGUCGGCGUGAGCGCCGAGUCGGGCAUGCCCUUUGGCAUGGCCAUUUUGCAGACGGCCUGGCGCGAGGACGAGCUGGUCAGGUGGGCGAGCGCCAUUGAGGACCUGCAGCUCACGUCCAACACGACGACGCUGAAGCGUACUCGGCCGACUUGGCGUGGCUAUCUUGAGCGCAACGUUCCGGUGCCGUUUUGA